AUGGCUCAAUACGCUCCACAACUUCAUGAUGCUAUGAUAGUUUAUGCAAAUGUUGUCAAUAGAACGCUAGCAGCAAAUGAAAGUAUAAGAGAUGGAAGCAAAAUGUUUAAUAUGACAAAAGGGAUUUAUCGAGGAGCACUUGGGGAUGUUGUUGAAGCAUGGGAUGGGUCAAGAAUACCAAACUUCAUUCUCACAGGAGUUGGAGAUACGAAUGAACCGCAGCAGCUAAUUCUUAUACAGCUCGACACAGACGUAAAUGCAACAUUAGUACCGCUUUAUAAUAUCGCACAGGAGCAACAGGUUGUCUGGAACGGGCGUGCUACUCCAACUACUGUGCCAGCUUGUGGUUAUACAGGGUCAGAAUGUCCGAUACCAUUUUUCGAAGCCUAUCGGAUAUACGUGAUCGUCGGCAUAUGUAUAGCCGCAUUGCUCAUUCUCGCAGUUAUUGCAGUGAUCCUCAUUGCGCUAAGAGAACGAGAAAACGAAAAGAAUCGUCAAGAUGCCUUGUGGAAAAUUGCAUUUCAUAAGCUUAGAAAACCAGUACAUAAGACGAGAUCACAGUCAUUCACAUCUGCAAUCUCUGGAGUGUCUGGAAGAUCUGGAGAUCAAUCAGCAAUUCUUGAUUGGAAGACUGAAACCGACAAGAUGUGUUACUUCUACUAUGGAAAUGAGCCG